AUGUGUAUUCGUAUGAUACCUCCAGAUGACGUGUCUUUUGGCACAACAUCUACUACUCAAGCUUCUCCAAUAACUACUGAACAAUGCACUACGUCAUCAUGCCAAACAUCAAUGACAACACCGGAAGAAGAAACUCCUGAAACUUCUGCAGCCCCUGUCACGAUGGCUCCCACAUUGUGCACAACAUGUGAUAUAGCGGCGAUCGCACCAGUGAUGGAAGCCAACACAGUUUUUGAGAAUACAAAUACAGUAGGAGCCAAUGGGUGUACACAAACCAAUGCGAUAUGCAGAAGAACCGAUGCUCAAGUGUGUACAGUCAUUUUAUCUGCAACAAAUGCUGCUGGGACUUCUUCUAUUUCCGGUGCCAUGAAUGCGAAUCAAGUGAGCGGAUUGCUCACUUGUCAGGCUGAUGGUACCUACUCCAGUGGCUCAGUCACAGGAAUCACCAAACUCGUCUGCACUUUUGAUGAAUGUGUAUCUCCCUGCGCAACAUGUGACACAGAAUCUGUUAAACCAUUGACGAAUCCUCCCGAUUCUACCUUUGAUAUAACUGAUAGUACCCCUGCUGGGCAAGCAUGCAAGACAUACGUUGUUACUUGUCGUUACAUGAUUCCUUGUCCUGCAAUAAAUCUUUACGCUGAGAUUGGGACAGGAGGAGAACAGAUUAUUAAAACAGAGGAAAAUGGUGCAAUUAGUGCAUCAGCGGAAGUUGACUGCGGAAAUGAUGCAAAAUUAACAUUCAUGGGAAUGUAG